GCCCCUUCCAAGUUAUCUCUACUGCACAUUCCCGACAACUUGCAUCUAGAUAAUUCAUAUCUAGCAUUGUAGUGUUAUUUUAUGCAGCAAUGGUAGUAGCAAAAAAAUAUGUUGUUGUCAAGUAUUUUGAAGGAGAGCCAAAGUCUACAGACUUAAAAUUAAUCAAUGAAGAAUUACCAUUGCUGAAAAAUGGAGAAAUUUUGGUUGAAGCUGAAUAUUUAUCAGUUGAUCCUUAUAUGAGACUUUACAUAAAACAAGUCCCAUUGAACUCUACGAUGUUUGGAGCACAAAUUGCGAUAAUUGUUGAAUCUAAAAAUGCAAAUUAUCCAGUUGGGAAAAGAAUCGUUGGACAUUUAGGCUGGAGAACACAUACAGUAAUUAACAUGAAUGAUUUUGAUGAAGAUAGUUUGUUGGAAUUAAAGCCAGAAAUACUACCGGACACUGGAGAUUUACCGGUGUCACUUUGCCUUGGUGUGCUAGGACUUAUUGGGCAUACAGCAUAUUUUGGAUUAAUGGAAAUUUGCAAGCCAAAGGCAGGAGAAACUUUGGUUGUAUCAGGAGCAGCAGGAGCUGUUGGAUCUCAUGUCGGGCAAAUUGGAAAAAUUUUGGGGAUGAAAGUAAUAGGAAUCGCUGGCAGUGAUGAAAAAUGUAAAUGGAUUACCAGCGACCUGGGAUUCGACCAUGCGAUUAAUUACAAAACUCAAGACGUAGCGACUGAGUUGAAAAAAGUUGCUCCCCAAGGAGUUGACUGUUACUUUGACAAUGUGGGUGGAGAAAUAUCGAGCGCAGUUAUUUACCAAAUGAAUCCAUAUGGGCGAGUUUCAGUGUGUGGUUCUAUCUCAGCAUACAAUGCUAAUCUUGACGCUUUGCCCAAGUGUACUAUCACUCAACCUGCUAUGGUAAUGCAGCAAUUGAAAGUAGAAGGAUUUCUCAUGUUGCGCUGGAAAGAUCGGUCAAUGGAAGCAUUUGAAAAAAAUCUCCAAUGGAUCCGCGAAGGAAAACUUGUUUAUCGAGAAACUGUAACAGAAGGUUUUGAAAAUAUAUUCAAUGCGUUUUUACAUAUGCUCCGUGGGAGUAACAUUGGCAAAGCCAUUGUCAAAGUUUAGAUAAAAAGUAAGGGGCACAAUCAGUGUGAAAUUUUCAAAAAAUCGAUUUUUUUUUUCAUAUUUCGAUAGGUUGUACCUUUACAAAUAACGUUUUUAAAUUUCAAAUAGUUUUUGAGUUACAGCCAUUUAAAGAGUAGCCUCUCGGCAGUUAGAAUAAGAUCAUUUUAUCUUUAAACGCGUUUUUCUCGAAACAGCAUUUUUCAAAUUUGUUAGAGUAAUUCCUCGAAGGCAAAUGAUCUGAUCACUACCAAUUUUUUUUUCUGCAUGUUCUGUAUAUAAUUCUCCAUACAAUGACUCUCCAGUUUUUUUAUCUGAUCAAAAAUCGAAUUUUGGCAGGCCAAAAAUGACCAAAAUUUUAGGGAAAUUUAACUUUUUUUUUUAACGCGCCAUUUUGUCAAUUUUUGAUAUUUUUUUUCAACCGAGGGUCAUUGUACGGACAAUAUUUUCUAGUUUAACGAGAAUUUUUUUUUUUUUUUCCGUUUCAUUCAACAGUGGAAGACCUUUUUUUUUUAGCGCCAUCGAAGAUCGCGUGUAACUCGGAAAAUAUUUAAUUUUUUUCUUUCAAAAUUUUACUGUAUAUUCUUAAAAUAUGUAUUAAUAUACCCUUAACAUUUUAAAACAAUUCAUACAGAAGUUAUUUUUAUUUUAAUUCCCAAAAAUCGCCUUUUUUUUAGGCUGUCACACUGGUUGUGUCCUUUAACUAAAAACAUACCUGUAUUUCUCUUGAAGAGAGCUUUUAAAACAAUAAAAUAAAUCAGCAAAUCAUUUAUCAA